AUGUCAAAAGCUCACAUAGGCAACGAUGGAGAAACGUGGAAUGAGGUGAUUGGGAGGAACAGCCCACUUGAUCUGAACCUGAGUGGUGUUGUGUCAUUGGACUUGUGUGCUAGUUAUGGAUCGGCCAUAGUAAACAAAAUGUUCGAGAAUAAGGUGUCUUAUAAGUGUACCUGGUACCACAGCACCCGAGCCGUCAGGUCGAUGAUUGACUUUGACUUUGUCGUCAUGUCAUCAGACUUGUGGCCUGAUGUCUCGGCUAUGUUCAAAGCCAACAUUUCCAAAGUGGUAGUUAGGAGCUGUGACCAGAAGGUCACUAGUGCUUGCUGUGACCCACUGGUCAACAUCAGCAGUGAAGGAAACAGCAGCAUCGAUGAUCAUAACUUUGUCACAGAGACUGUUGGUGUCGGACAAAAUGUGACUCUUACGUGCACUCGCCAGAGAUCUUUGCAUGAACAUACUUUGCACUGGAUCAGACUUGUUUCUGGAAAAUAUCCUGAAUUCUUGGGAGGAACAUUUAGUUUUGAUUAUAAUGAUGUUAAUAAGACUCCUCACAUUACAGCAAUACAAGGACCUGGAACUUUUAUUCUGCAAAUUCAUGAAACUCAGCUCAGUGACUCUGGUUUUUACUACUGUAUAAAAGUUAACCAACUCGACACAGAAUUUAUGAACACAACAUUCUUGAAAAUCAAAGAAUCAGAACCAGACAUCAUUGACAUCAUUCAAGUCCCUCCAUCUGAUCCAGAACAUCCAGGAGACCCAGUGACUCUGCAGUGUUCAGUCCUCUCUGACUCUGAGAAGAAAACAUGUCCAGAACAACAACACAGAGUGUUCUGGUUCAGAGCUGGAUCAGAUGAAUCUCAUCCCAGUUUCAUUUAUGCUGAUGGAAACAGUCAAGAUGAAUGUGAGACCAAUCCUGAGGCUCAGUCUCCUCAGAAAUGUGUCUACAACUUCUCUAAAACCAUCACCUCCUCUGAUGCUGGGACUUAUUACUGUGCUGUGGCCACAUGUGGACAGAUAUUAUUUGGAAACGGAGCAAAAUCGGGCAAUGAAGCACUCAACAUGCAGGAUUUCAAGACAGACAAUACAGUUCUCUUUCUGGUGUCUGCUGCUUUGGCUACAAGUCUGAUUGUCAUAGCCUUUCUCAUUUAUUUCAUCAAGACAAAAACUUGUGAUUUCUGCAACGAUGCUGCAGCAGCCAGUGGUCAUCAGGAAAGACCACAGAGAAAUGAGGACUCGUUGUUUUAUUCUGCACCGACCUUCAACAAGAGAAAAGCUGAGAGAAGAAAUGCAAAAUCAGCACAAGAAGAGACGAUCUACACUGAUGUCAACGCUUCUGCAAGAAAGUAA